AACGUUUCGUUUCUACGUGUAUGGACCUGUCAGGUGACAGAGGGACUUGGGUAUUGGUUUAGUUGGUUGGUUGGUUGGUUUGUUGUUUAACAACAAAGGCAAUUGAUAUUUACAUGAAAAUACCUAAAAGAUCACCCAUCGGUAUGCGUACACGGAUCUUGUGAAACAGGACUAUUUAAUGCGAGGCAUCUCCUAUUUGCAGGCGAUCAGACUGCAGCAUGCUGGACGCCGUGACCGCAGUGGUGAGGUUUACUGUCUAUGGCAAUGGCAGCGUUCUCCCUACGUCAGCCGGGAACGCCUCCGCGGCCCCCACCUGGUACCCGGAGCCAGAGGCCAACAUCACCAGGCCACACAAGUGUCUACAGAUCCUCUAUGAAGACAUUGGCACCUCUCGAGUACGUUUCUGGGAUGUGCUGCUGCUGGUCCCUAACGUGGCCUUCUUCGUGUUCCUGAUGUGGAAGCUGCCGUCGGCCCGUGCCAAGAUUCGUGUCACCUCCAGCCCUAUCUUCAUCACAUUCUACAUACUGGUGUUUGUGGUGGCGGCAGUAGGGAUCACACGUGCCAUUGUCUCCAUGACUGUAUGUGCCUCCAACGCUGCCACUAUCAUUGACAAGGUGCUGUGGGAGAUCACUCGCUUCUUCCUGCUCACCAUCGAGCUGAGUGUCAUCAUACUGGGGCUGGCCUUUGGGCAUCUUGAGAGCAAGUCCAGCAUAAAACGAGUUCUGGCCAUAACUGCUGUACUGGCACUGGUGUACUCCGUGUCACAGGGCACCUUGGAGAUCUUGUUCCCUGACCAACACUUGUCUGCGGAGGACUUCAACAUCUACGGCCAUGGGGGGCGCCACUUCUGGCUGGCCAGCUCCUGCUUCUUCUUCCUGGUUUACUCUCUGAUAGUCAUCCUUCCGAAGACUCCGAUCAGGGAGAGGCUGUCCCUGCCAUCCAGGAGAAGUUUCUACAUUUAUGCUGCCAUACUGUCAUUUCUCAACUUCUACCAGGGCCUGGGCAGUGCUCUGCUCUGUGCCGACAUUAUCCAGGGGCUGUGCUGUGUUGAUGUGACAACGUUCCUGUACUUCUCUGUGUUUGCGCCGCUGAUCUACAUCACGUUUCUCCGAGGGUUUUUUGGCUCAGAGCCCAAGGUCCUGUUCUCAUACAAGUCUCAGAUUGACGAGCCCGAUGACACAGAUGUGCACCUUCCCCCCACCACUGUUGUGGGCCGCAAGGUGCUGGGACGGGGCCCCUACUCCAACACGCAGAUCGACGGCUCGGCGGCUUACCUGGAUGAUGUCGUGUCUGGGCCCUUUGGGGUGGGCAGCAUCAACAAUGCCGACAGUGACCACUGGAGGCCCAUCAACGUCUAGGUUUUGGGUGGCUCCUGUGAGGAGAAGACGGAGAGGCCUGGUUAACGCCACCUUUCCAGGACCUGUUGACUUGUGGGAUCAGGCACGACAGACACACCGCCAAAACCUUCAGCGAUAGUUGAGACUUUUCUGCAAAGUCUACGCCUGAAGUUCAUAGCUAUCUUAAAUAGUUGUCCCCUAAAGGUUUGAUAGCAAACUGGGCCAAAAAUCCUAGGACAUGUGACACCUUCUACAAGUACAUUCCCUUUUGACUCACUGGGUUUCUUAUUGUCUCGUAAUGCUAUAGUUGUUAUCUUGGCACCGACCUGUAGGCACUGUGCCUCAUGGUUUAGAGAUCUCCAUCAGGGUAUUAAACAUCUAAGAAGGAAAUGCUUGUGUUAUAUUAAGUGUUUUGACUUUAGCAUUAUUGGUAUUAUUAGUAGAAUCAGUACUCGAUGUAUGCGUUAUGUUCAUUAUUUUACAUGAAGAAGCCCUGCAUAAAAACAGUGAGCUCUGAUGUUUGCAGGAUGUACGGCUCGCAUCUUGUGCACUGAUGCAUCUACGUAAUAAUUGCACGUUUGGCUUUUAUCCUUGGCUCCUUUCCAGUUGAGUUGUCUUAUUCUGUGAAUAGUGCACCUUUGUACGCACACACGCACACACUAUUACCCAGUGAUUCUCAAAGUGAAUCUGAGAUUUUAAUAACACAUGUUAAACACACCUUAAGCCUGGACUCCCUAAAAGAUUUUUGAAACCCGCAGAAGAGACACCAGCGAUCAUUCGUUUCUCCUGCCAAUAUCACUGAGCCAUGUAGAUUUGAGAUGGGGCUGAACACAGUGUUGUACGCCGCUUUGAAUAAUUUUUACUGGUGCAUCUCCACUCAUUAGAUUCUGUUGUGGAUGUAUUUUUUUAUUCCUGAACCUGUCAUUGCAUUAAGUAUUUUAUGUGCAGAGGUAGUAUGUCUACAAAAAUGAAUUACUAUUCUGUCUGCAAACUUGAUAAGUUAUUCAUGUAUGUUCUGUGCUUUUUUGUGAUAACAUUUCUUCUGCAAGUAUAAACCUAAAAUAAGGGGUUGGGGAAAGGGAAAAACAAAAAUGUGGAAACUGGUAGAACUCUCCAGUAAUUUUGAUCUAACAAUGCUGAUUGCGUGCAGGUAGUCGUUCUAGGCUAUGCCUCUUGCUUAACUGGACCUUUUACCAGCAAAUUAUUGAUACUGUCACUAUGAAUGUCCUCAAACACAGUAGAAAAAAAUGUUUAUUUUUGUGCACUCUUGAUCAAAAUAAUGGGGUCAGAUGAGUAAUUAGCCAAGAAUUCCCAGAGGUGAAACUUAUAUGUACAUACAUAAUAGACUUCAGCUAAAGAUUAAAAAAAAUAUUUGUAUGUGGAUGGAUUGUUUUGGAAAAAUACUACAAUUUUAAUUAUUAUUUCAUUACAAUACUGCAUUAGGUUUUUUUCUGCAAGACAUUAAAUCAUGUGUUGAACAUUA